AUGUUUUUCCUCCCACCCACUUCUGAGUCCCCCCUCCCCCCUCGCGCGCACUCCAGCUCUCGCCACAACCUGCGAGCCCCAGAUCUCGGAGGAGCGUCCCGGAGAGCUCAGAGCGUGUGCACGCGUGACAGACGGAGGAGGCCAGUGCCCAGCAUGAGUCCAGUGGGCCUCGAAGGUUCUGAGCUGCGCUUUUCUGUGGUCCAAAUGAGAAAGAAGUGGAAAAUGGGAGGCAUGAGUUAUAUCUUUUCCUUGUUGUUGUUCUUUCUUUUCCUAGAAGGAAGCAAAGCAGAACAAGUGAAACAUUCAGAGACAUAUUGUGUGUUUCAAGACAAGAAGUACAGAGUGGGUGAGAGAUGGCAUCCUUACCUGGAACCUUACGGGUUGGUUUACUGCGUCAAUUGCAUCUGCUCAGAGAAUGGGAAUGUGCUUUGCAGCCGAGUAAGAUGUCCAAACCUCCAUUGCCUCACUCCUGUACAUAUUCCUCAUCUGUGCUGCCCUCGUUGCCCAGACUCCUUACCCUCAAUGAACAACAAGGUGACCAGCAAGUCAUGUGAGUACAAUGGGACCACUUACCAACACGGAGAGCUGUUCAUGGCUGAAGGACUCUUUCAGAACCGGCAACCCAAUCAGUGCACUCAAUGCAGCUGUUCGGAGGGGAAUGUGUAUUGUGGUCUCAAGACUUGCCCCAAAUUAACCUGUGCGUUCCCAGUCUCUGUUCCAGAUUCUUGCUGCCGGGUGUGCAGAGGAGAUGGAGAAUUAUCGUGGGAACAUUCUGAUGGUGAUAUCUUCCGGCAACCUGCCAACAGAGAAGCAAGACAUUCUUACCCUCGUUCUCACUAUGAUUCUCCACCAAGCCGACAAGCUGGAGGUCUGCCCCGUUUUCCAGGGUCCAGAAUCCACCGAGGAACUCCUAUUGAUUCCCAGCAAGCAUCAGGGACCAUUGUGCAGAUUGUCAUCAACAACAAACACAAGCAUGGACAAGUGUGUGUUUCCAAUGGAAAGACCUACUCCCAUGGCGAAUCCUGGCACCCAAACCUUCGGGCGUUUGGCAUUGUGGAGUGUGUGCUGUGUACUUGUAAUGUCACCAAGCAAGAGUGUAAGAAAAUCCACUGUCCCAAUCGAUACCCCUGCAAGUAUCCUCAGAAAAUACAUGGAAAGUGCUGCAAGGUGUGUCCAGAAGAACUUCCAGGCCAAGGAUUUGACAGCAAAGGCUACUUUUGUGGAGAAGAAACAAUGCCUGUAUAUGAGUCUGUGUUCAUGGAAGAUGGGGAAACUACCAGAAAAAUAGCACUGGAGACUGAGAGACCACCUCAAGUAGAAGUCCAUGUUUGGACCAUUCGAAAGGGCAUCCUCCAACACUUUCACAUCGAGAAGAUCUCCAAGAGGGUGUUUGAGGAGCUCCAUCACUUCAAGCUGGUAACCAGGACAACUCUAAAUCAGUGGAAGAUAUUCACUGAAGGAGAAGCUCAAAUCAGCCAGAUGUGUUCAAGUCGUGUGUGCAGAACAGAACUUGAAGAUUUGGUCAAGGUUUUGUACCUGGAGAGAUCUGAAAAGGGCCACUGUUAGGCAAGACAGAGAGUACUGGAAAGGGUAAAGCAAGAAAACUUAAGCUGCAGC